GGAUUUGUCACCGUAUAAACAAACCCCAACCACAUCGUUACGUCGUCGCGAACUUUCACCUUUCAACUUAAUCGAAGACAUGGCGCAAAAGAGAGGUGCUAGCGGACAGCGACUGCUGUAUUUACUUAUUUUUGUUGCUUUUAUGCAUUUAAUAGCAUGUCCUUAUACAAAAGUGGAAGAAAGUUUCAAUCUACAAGCAAUCCACGACCUUCUCUAUCACAGGCUGGAUUUAGAACAGUAUGAUCAUCAUCAGUUUCCAGGUGUUGUUCCACGAACAUUUCUUGGCCCACUCUUUAUAUCACUACUAUGCUCACCAGUAGUAUUUGCUUGUUCGCUUUUUGGAGUAUCAAAGUUUUAUUCUCAAAUAAUUGUUAGAGGCAGUCUGGGACUUUUUGUGAUCUAUACUUUUUGGCAUCUUCAGAAAGAGGUCAGAAAAAGCUUUGGAUCACAAGUAGCAAAUCUCUUUUGUUACAUUACUGCUACACAGUUUCAUUUGAUGUUCUACUGUACAAGAACAUUACCCAAUAUAUUUGCUCUUCCUGUAGUUAUUCUGGCCUUUACAGCUUGGCUUCAGCAAAAGCAAAGGAACUUCAUUGGACUCUCUGCACUUGCUAUUAUUGUUUUUAGAUCUGAACUAAGUUUACUUUUGGGCCUCAUGCUGCUGAUGUCUUUAAUAAACAGGAGACUUUCUAUUUUACAACUGCUAUAUUAUGCUGUUCCAUUUGGUGCUGUUUGCCUUGGUCUAACAGUUUUUGUUGAUUCUAUAUUUUGGAAGCGUCUGCUAUGGCCUGAAGGAGAUGUACUUUGGUAUAAUACAGUUUUAAAUAAAAGCUCAAAUUGGGGAACCUUUCCAUUUUUCUGGUACUUCUACUCUGCUUUACCACGUGCCCUUGGUUGUUCUCUUAUGUGUAUUCCUAUUGGAGCAGUGGAUAAAAGAAUGCAGAUCUUACUUUUGCCAACCAUUGGUUUUAUUUUCUUGUAUUCAUUUCUUCCUCACAAGGAGUUGCGAUUUAUAAUAUACACUUUUCCUGUUUUCAAUAUAGUAGCAGCUAAAGGUUGUUCCUUAAUAUUAAAUAAUUACAGAAAAUCAUGGCUAUAUAAAAUUGGAUAUUUACUUGUGAUUGGCCAUAUAGUAACCAAUGCAGCAUACUCCAGUAUGGCCCUGCAUGUUUCUCGCUUUAAUUAUCCAGGAGGAAAAGCAAUGGAACAACUACAUGAGCUUAUACCAUCAACAGAAGAUGUUUUUGUUCACAUUGAUGAGGCUGCAGCACAAACUGGUGUAUCACGUUUCAUGGAGUUUAAUGAUAACUGGAGGUAUGACAAGGUGGAGAAUAUUGAACCCGGAAAUCCAGAAAUGGCCAAAUACACGCAUAUUUUAAUGGAGGCUGAUCAAUCUCAACUUAUUUACUUUAAAAACACACACAAAGUUGUAGCACAUAUACCUGGAUUUAGUAAAUUAGAUUUUAAUCUAUCAAUAUUACCUCCUGUGUCUGUAAAAACUGAAUCAAAGUUAGUGAUUUUAGUAAAAAUCAGCAGUUUAGAUAUCAGUUAAUAAAAGAAAAUGCAUGG